CUUGGGAACAGCAGCUACAUCAUUUGGGAUCUUGUUCAAGUUUAGCUGAAAAGCUACUGUUCGAAUAUGUUAACCGCCGCCUUGAUCAUUGCCGCUCUGGCGAGCACUGUCAUCGCUAGGCCGUCGAAGAACCACUUGGAAAACAGCUUUACUAUUGAGGACGAAGCUAAAGAGGUGCACUCGGAAGCUUUGAAAAGGCUUUUGGAAGUUUUUGGAAUGGAAGCGCCACCUCACAUGCAUGGUCUCCAGAAGCAGCCACCACAGUACAUGCUUGACUUGUACAACACAGUCGCGGAUGUUGAUGGCGUUACCAAGGACCCUGACUUGCUGGAGGGAAACACGGUUCGCAGUUUCUUCGAUAAACUGCACAGUGAACAAAUCCAGUUCAUGUUCAACUUGUCUAACGUUGCCAGAACGGAGAAGGUCUUGACUGCAGAACUCCACCUGUUUAAAUUGAGACCCCUGGCUUCCUUGUCAUUCAACAGGCAUCACUUUUGCCAGAUUAGUGUUUACCAGCUCCUUGAAAGCAAGCAAGGGAAUGCAUCCCAGGGCAAGAAACUGCUGGCUUCAAGGCUGCUCCCUGUCCAUUCCAGUGGCUGGGAAGUUUUCUCCAUCACACAAGCCGUGCGCUCCUGGAUGGCGGACGAGGGCAGUAACCUGGGCCUGCUGGUGACGGUGCGGACGCUGGGGGGAAGCCAUAUGGACUCUAAGCUGAUUCGCUUCGCCUCUGGGCGCCACCACCACCAGAGCAAGCAGCCCAUGCUGGUGCUGUUCACUGACGACGGGCGGAGGGCUGCCUCGCUGAAGAACACGCUGAAAGAUUCAAGUGACACCCCAGCCCCUCCCAGCCUGCCCCUGGCUCCAAAGCCCUUAGGCGGCCAGCGGAGUGCCCGCUCCCUGGACUACGAGGACGACCAGCAGAUGCCUUGCCAGCGCCUCCCUCUGUACGUGGACUUCGAGGAGAUCGGCUGGUCCGGCUGGAUCGUGUCGCCGCGGGGCUACAACGCCUACCACUGCAAGGGCUCGUGCCCCUUCCCCCUGGGGCAGAACAUGCGGCCCACCAACCACGCCACCGUGCAGUCCAUCAUCAACGCCCUGAAGCUCACCAAGGGCAUCGAGACGCCCUGCUGCGUGCCCGACAAGCUCUUCUCCAUCAACCUGCUCUACUUCGACGACGACGAGAACGUGGUGCUGAAGCAGUACGACGACAUGGUGGCGGGGAGCUGCGGCUGCCAUUGACAGGCUCCCCCUGGUGGUUGACUUUGGCGUUUACGCGCAACGGGGUCGUGCAGCCCAUGCGUGCACUGGUAAAAUAGAACAGGGAAGGUGUCCAUGUCAUGAAAACUAGUUAUAUUCUUACUUUCCUUAUUGUACAGUAGUCCCAGCAUUAAGGCAUCUACAACAGGGGCAGUCUGUUGUGGACAAAUAUAGACAGUCUGUUGUGGACUAUUACAGCCAGUCUGUCGUGUGGCCGUUGGGAUUCACAGUCCAGGCACAACGUGCGGAUGGCUUCUCCAUUUGAGACCUCUGAGUGACAUGUAUGCAUGUAUAUUU